UGUCCUAAAAAAAUGUGUUUACGGGCCCCUAGUAGGAAGACACGACUCCAUACCCCAGUUGCAACUACAAGAGUUUAAGGAUGAUAUACCUAUUAGAGAUAUGAGACUAUAAUUUUAGCGUCACUGGUUUGUCGAGACACGAGGCAUUGCCUAGGCAUGUUGCUUUCAAAGGCGACAAUGGCAAAUACCUGGGCACGGCUCAUGUCAUGGCAACCAUCUGGGAAAAAGUUGGGAAGGUUCUGGAUGGAUUUGGCCUGCUGGAAAAGCUCUUACAUGAGAAACCUGCCGAAGAUGCAUUGAGAAAUGAGUUCGGACAUCUACGUCUGCAAUUUCACACAGAAGACAAGGGAGAUGCAGGUGUGAUUUUCACUACUUUUACCCGUACUGAUGGGACCGUCCGCAUAUUAUCCAACCUGAACGGGUAUUGGAAGCGCGGCUCGGACUCAGAUGAUUGGGUUUCAGUUGCGCACAUAAAAGACCCCCUCCGCGACAACGACCCUCACACAUUAUUUGAGGUGGUCACCGGGGAUGGCUUCAUUGCACUCCGGAAUCUGGGCAACAAGAAAUUCUGCAAAAGGUUAAGCGCAGACGGGGAGUCAGAUUGCCUCAGUGCUUCCGACGAGAACAUAUCCCAAUGUGCAAGGUUGAUGGUGGAAGAGCCGGUUGAUAAAUGUGAGAUCUAUGAUGAAAAGUACCACCUGGAGGAAGCAAGGAUUUACAACAAGCAGAUUAUAAACGUGGCCACUGAUUACAGCACCAACGACACAAACAAAGAGAUGAAAGCCAAGUUUUCCUUCGUCAAGAAAAUUGAAGUGGCCAGCAAGUGGGAAACCAGCGCUUCAUCCAAGCAAGGAACCGAUGCCAAGAUAAGCUUCGGCACCGGCGGGGAGAAACCACCGAUAAUUGUAGGUGGAGAAGUUACAUUCUCCUAUGAGUCCUCUUCAUCACAUGCCAAGGGAACAUCAGAAACCAACACGGAGGAGACAACGGUCACGCAGGAGUAUGAUAUCCCUUCGAAGACUACAAUCGCAGCAAAGCUGAUUGGAAUGCGAGCUUGCUGUGACGUGCCCUAUUCAUACAAGAAGAGGGUACGCCUGACCACCGGAAAAGAAGUUACCAGCACCCACCAUGAUGGCAUCUAUACCGUGGCCAACAACUAUAACUUCGGCAUCGUCUUCACUGAUAACAAAGAAGAGGUCGAGAAGUUACAGGCUCGGUACUUUUCAACCCGGCCUUAAUUAUGCUUUCUACUCUGUUGGGUUUCCUUUCACGUAUGUUGUCUGAAUAAUCCUGAUGUUUACCGUCAGGCUAGCUGCACGUAGUAGUGGAGUACUCCGUAGCAGCAUGUCUUGUUUGCUUGUUCUAUCUAUCUGG